AUCCAACCAACGUUUACUUUCACCACAAACCUCUUCCUUUCUCUCUAUCUUUCGUGUUUGAGUGCACUUUGCGGCUGCACUUUUAGAAAUCAUUCGCCCUAUCACUGCACCACUCAUCUGCUUCCAAAAUGGGAAGAGCACCUUGCUGCGACAAGACUAAUAGUCUCAAGAAAGGUCCAUGGACACCCCAGGAGGAUCUCUUGCUCACCAACUACAUUCAGACUCAUGGACCAGGAAAUUGGAGAACCCUCCCCAAGAAUGCUGGUCUACAAAGAUGUGGCAAGAGUUGCCGUCUUCGAUGGACUAAUUACCUUAGACCCGAUAUCAAGAGAGGGAGAUUCUCAUUUGAAGAAGAAGAGACAAUCAUUCAGCUCCACAGUGUCUUGGGAAACAAGUGGUCGGCUAUAGCAGCUAGGUUGCCAGGGAGAACCGACAACGAAAUAAAGAACUAUUGGAACACCCACAUUCGGAAGAGAUUGCUUAGAAUGGGAAUUGACCCUGUUACUCACACUCCACGCCUUGAUCUUCUUGACAUGUCAUCGAUUCUCAGGUCAGCAAUUGGAAACGUUAACCCAUCGUUUCUGAAUUUGCAAGGGUUAUUGGGUGCCCAAGCGUUGAUGAACGUCAACCCAGAGUUUUUAAAGCUUGCUGCCACUGCCACUUUGUUAUCUUUGAAGAAUGAAAACCCAUCAAACUUUGUUACACAACAAUUAAAUUCUGGGAAUUGCCAAGUACAAAGCCAAGUUGCUCCUAGUGAUCAGUUUCAUACACCAACUCAAAGCAACAACGUUAACGUGAAUGGUUUAUCAAGUUCCCCAGAGAAUUCAACUCCUUCUAAUUAUCUUGGGGAGAAUAAUUACCUGAUUGCUCAACAAAACCAAGUUGAUAAUUUGCUACAUGAUCCGGAAUUGAUGCAUUAUUUAAACAAUGCAAACCAAAACAUGGGCUAUGAAUCGGUUCUUUCUACGCCUUUAUCGACUCCAACCCCAUUGAAUUCAUCGUCAACGUAUGUGAAUAGCAGCACAGAGGAAGAGAGGGACACCUAUUGCAGCGAUGUGUUCAAGUUAGAAAUUCCAGAGAGUCUGGACAUUAGUGAUUACUUGUAAAUAAUGUGUGUCAAUGUGGUUGCGUGCGUUUGUAAACUGCUGUUUACUUUGCUUUUAAUCAUUUAUUAUUCUUGUUACAAUUUAAAUAUUUGGGUCGAGCAGAAUUUUGUAGUGGGGUUGGUUUCUUCUUUGUUGUCAAUAUUUCUGAUAUGAUGACACCAAGUCUUUGUAAUUUUUAUCAGUAUCUAUCUUUUGAAUGCUUUCUGUUGGA